UUGCUGGAGAGAUUUAUGUUUACUUUUGAAGUUCCACAGUUGAUAAAAUUCUUAAGAGAGCAAAUAUCACAAAUGUCCCCACAUUGCCUGUCUACAGCUUUUCCUUUACCUAUGGCAUACUGUAUAUAGCUCUACUUUUUGUUUCUGUGCCCCCCUUCUAUUUUGUUAGUUGUUCUUUGUUAUUGAGUUUAAACUUAAUAUUGUGUUCAGCAAAGGUACUAAAAUACUGCAAGUAGUAGUUGGCAAGCUCCUUCCUCCACAUCAGUUAUGCAGACCUGAGAUCUACAAGCACAAGUUUUGUUUCUAAGUGGUGAACGCCCAGAGAAGGAAACCGCCUCACUAAGCACAUUAGUCUUUUUAAUAUUUGGAUUCCUUACCACCUCCCCAACAUUCACAGUCACAAAAUACAACAUGCCAUUUUCCUACUGCUGGACCAGUGGUUUUAACAGCAUAAGAACUUGAGGCCUGAGCUUAAGGGGACUUUUGUUAGCUUUGUUCUUCUGCUUCAAGCAAAAGGAUGUGUGGGGUUUUUUUGUUUUGUUGUUUGAGAAAUACUGCUGGCAGUGGAAUUAAGUUAAAGCUACUUCAGAAACUGAAAGCUACAUGUAUGUAGGUAAGAUGAAUUUUGGGGGUUUUAGAAAAAAUUGGGAUAACAAGGCUGCCUUCUGUCAAUGAAAGGAAAAAAUCUAGUAUGUGAGCGUGCUUGUAACAUUAAUUUCGCUAGAUCAAAUUGUACUGAUUGUUAAUUUACUCUGAAUUGAAAUGUCUGUUGUCCUUUAAGCAGUGAAGUUUAGGUAUGUUAAAUAUGCAGGAUUUAAAAAAUGACAAAUGCAUGGUUUCCUAUACAAUUCUUUUGUGCCACAUAUACACUGAUUAAGAUGCUUUUCUUUGUGCAAAAAAGAAGGGAAGGGGAACACAAUGUGGUAGAGCUGAAUACUGUACAAUAAUGCAGAUGGAUCUCAAAGAGAAAAAAAUGUGACUGGAACAACUGCAGCUCUGGCACCUAAAGUGGCUGACUGGAAUCUGAGCCUUUACCAAAGCUAUCUGUAAGAUUUUACACAUCAAGUUGAUUUUGCUUCUUGUUGUUGCACACUUAGGAUGAAGGUAAAAUUGCAUUUUAAACUGUUCCACAACUGCCUCUCCUUCAUACAUCAUUGGAGCAGAAACCUGACUCUUGAGCAUUACAGCACAGGUUUUUACCACUUGAGCUAUGGGACUGACAACCCUAAUUGGUAGCAGGAGAAGACUUAUUCCCUGAGGGCUGAAAAAGGAAUAUGCUGCUGGCGCCAUGUGUUGAGCCUGGGUGUGGGGGAAGAUAACAACUAAGAAGAAAAAAAAAAAGGAGGCUAUGUUCAGCUUCUUCCGGAAAAGUCAAGAUUCAAAGAAGGUUACAGUGCCAGAGAGAGAAGCAGAUGGAUUUGUUAUUGUGGGUGACACAAUUGAUGAUCAAAGUAGAGAGUCAAAGGAUAAAACUUCGUUUCCAGAGACCAACCAACCUCCACAGAUAAAUACAGGGCACCGAUCACAGUUGACUGUGUCAAGUGCAGAGGUGGGAAAUGAAAGGAGUCAAAAUUUGGAAAGCAGCCCUUUCAUGUCAGAUCUUCUGAAUGAUGUACCCUUUGCCCUAGCACCACAUGUGUUAGCAGUACAGGGCACCCAUAAUGACGUUCCUGACCGAUUGCUCACCUAUGACAUCAAUGAUAAUUUAUCAAGAUUUUGGUAUGACUUUACGCUUGAAAAUUCAGUGCUUUGUGAUCUGUAAUGUUUUCUUUAUUUUUUCUGUCUGUGUCAAGGAACGAGUCUUAAGGUGAAGAUAAAGACUUACUUUAAUCAACUUAAUAUUUUGGGGGUCUGCCACUGGUAUAUCAGAUGCAUUGCAUCAAAAGGAUUGUUAUUCACAACUGUGUUAUAUUUCUUAGCUUUAAGUGAACUGUAACUUACUAUGUUAAAUAUUCUGUUUAUCUCCAAAGAAAUCAAGCAAAACUGUUUCAGCCUGAGUAGGAGACUGGCUGUUGGUAUCUACUUCAGUAGGUAGGCUGCAGACACAAACAUUUCGUAACUUUAAGAUGAAGUCUGCGCACGUCUGCACUGUUUUGUUAUUUCACUCAGAUACUAAACACAUAGAUCCUGUUACAGGUGUUAAGAUCACCUCUGAUUUUCUACAGAUAGAACCCAGUAUUAACGCUAAAGCAAUGAUGCUUUGCACUACUGGACAGACAGCUUUUCAGUUAAACCAAGUUUUAAAACUCAGAGUUAUUUAUGAGUGCUUAAAUAAUUAGGAAGAUUUAAUAGAAUUGGUUAAAACCAAUUUCAAAGUGAAAUCAGUUGCUGCACUUCCUUUCCAGUAGAUGGUAUUUUUGUCCAUCUCAUUUUGUGCCUGGAGAAUUCCUCCCCGCCUGCCUGUUGGCUGCUGUUUGUUCUCAUUACCACAUGUGUUCCUGAUUUAUACACAGAUCAGCUUUUCCAUUUUAACCUCUUUGCCCCCUGAAGAAGGAAAUCUCAGGACACGUACUUUUAAUGGUCACACCCUUCUUUUUUUAAUUUGUGUGCCAGAGAUACAGAUGGCAAUGUUUAAGAACAGGAAAACAUUACAUUGUUUCUUAUCCAGCUAAAUUAAAUGGCUAAGUACCUAAACAUGCGUUCUCGCAGACCACUAUGUCCCCUGCUCGGAAGCAUUGAGCAUGUUUUUCCCAACUAAAACCAGAGCUGCUGUUGCAUGAGCAACAGCUCUCUGAUGUAACAUCAUGAUUUGUGAUGAAUAAUGAUCUGUGUCACACAAAAGACUACACUUGUUUUCUCUCUCGGGGUAGAAUAUUUAUAUUGUGCCACAUGUUAGUGGAUAUUUUCAUAUAUUUUCUAUGCUCUGUGAUAGCUUAAAAUACAUAUAUUUUCAGACUUGCAUCCUCUUACAGUAUUUGAGAUAAAUACUGUAAAGGGAGAAAUUACAUUGUGAAUACGUCUUAUGUUGUUAUUCAUGUUUUAGAUUUUUUUAAAUGUAUGUAUUUAAUAUUUUUGACAGCUAUGUUCCUAAAUGUUUUGAAGUUAUUGUUUCAGGGAAAGUAUCUGUGCUGCACUCCAAUAAAAAAAAUGCGAAUAAUAGUGAUACUAAAUAAAUUUAUGUGUGAGAGUUA